CAACUCCAUCCUUCACCUAAUUCCUCCCAGUCAUCUCGGGACCAAGACAGGUUUGCCUAAGAUAACGAGUUAGGUGGGAGACAGGGCGUCUUGGUGUACUGUCUGGCCCUGGACGUCACUUCCGCUGGUGGCACUGGCGUCACUUCCUGCUCCUGGGGCGGGGCAUCCGUGUCCUUGCGGUGGAGGGUAGCAGACCACCCCAGACUAACACGCGUGGUGUCCUUGCGGUGUCCGGGGAGAGACUACCAAGACAGACGCUAUGACUGAGGCUGAUGUGAAUCCGAAGGCCUAUCCCCUUGCUGAUGCCCACCUCACCAAGAAACUACUGGACCUUGUUCAGCAGUCAUGUAACUAUAAGCAGCUUCGGAAAGGAGCCAAUGAAGCCACCAAAACCCUCAACAGGGGCAUCUCUGAGUUCAUUGUGAUGGCUGCAGAUGCUGAGCCACUGGAGAUCAUUCUGCACCUCCCGCUGCUGUGCGAAGACAAGAACGUGCCCUAUGUGUUUGUGCGCUCCAAGCAGGCCCUGGGGAGAGCCUGUGGGGUCUCCAGGCCUGUCAUCGCCUGUUCCGUCACCAUCAAAGAAGGCUCACAGCUGAAACAGCAGAUUCAAUCCAUUCAGCAGUCCAUUGAAAGGCUCUUGGUCUAAACCUGUGGCCUCUGCCACGUGCUCCCUGCCAAAUUCUCCCCCGAGGUUGUGUAUCAUAUUGUUUGUGUUAGCAUGUAGUAGUUUCAGCUAUUCUCUAUUGUUAUAAAAUGUUGUAGUACUAAAUCUGGUUUCUGGAUUUGUGUGGUGUUUUUGUUCUGUUUUAUAGGGUUGUUUUCCCCCUUCCUUUCCUCCCUCUCUCUGCCAUCCUUCAUCCUUUUAUCCUCCCUUUUGAAAAACGAACAAAUGUUCAGAACAGGCUGAAGCAGGACGGUGGCACCAUUCAAAGGCACAAAGAGUCAGGAGAAAGCUGAUGGAACUAGGAUAGAGACCUAGUUCCUGGCUUUUAGCCACUAGCUUCCUAUUGUGUGCAGAGUAUGGUGGAAUUAAAUACCAUUCAUUGUGUAUCCCUUGUGCCUGGCACACGGAAUCAUUCAUACCUGUUAAAGUGAUCAAGAAGUUUUCUUUGUUCUUGGGGCAUUAUGUAUCAUUUGGGGAGGAAGCAUGUGUUCUGUGAGGUAGUUAGGCUAUGUCCAAGUAUCAUUUACUAAUGUACCCCUGCUGUUUGCUUUUGAUAAUGUGAUUGAUGUUGAUGUUCUCCCCCAACCCCCAACCAUGCCCUUGAGGGUGGCAGGGCAGCAGCAUACCAAAGAGAUGUGCUGCAGGAUUCCAGAGGUGACCUGGGUGAGUGAGCCAUGAGGCAGUCGACCUAGGUCUCGAAAGUGUCAGGAGUGGCAAGGGCAGAGAACAUGAACUGGAUUCCUGGAAGACCAUGAAGACCUGGCUGGUAGCUGCAGCAGAGACGAUGGAAUCUAAGGAAACAACCUUCCUCUGGUGAAUGGGACUUUCUUUGGUGGACAGUUGGCACCAGCUCUGAGAGCCCUUCCCCUGUGUUGUGCCACAGUGUGGGUCAGAUGUACUCUUUAUCACACUAGUGCUGGUUCAUGUGUUCUUCUGUGAGCAUCCUAAUAAAAAAAUAAAUUCCAUUUUCAUGAGAGAA